UCACCAAUUACAUAUGUAUGUUUGUAUAUUUUCCAUGAUCUUCUGAUUAUUCAAAAAUACCUACUUUCAUAUCAAAGCACCUCUAUCCUAUAUUCCACGGUUAAAACGAAAUUGUCUAAUUCUAUUUUUCCUUUUUAUUUGCAGAUCGAAUUGGAGAAUCUCAAUAGUGCAACAGAUGAGAUUAAUAAACUCGAAAUUGAAUUAGAGGAAGCAAAUUCAACCUUCCGCAUAUUGUUAAAUGAAUCUACAAGACGCCUGAAAUUAUCAUCAAAAAAAUUAGGUAGCUGUAUUGAGAAGGCUCGUCCCUACUAUGAAGCGUUGGAGAAAGCGCGAGAAGCGCAAAUUGAGUGCCAGAAGGCAGCUGUGAAAUUUCAACGCGCCAAUGAAAUUCACACCGCUGCCAAGGAGACUGUAGCCUUAGCUGAAGAACGCUUCAUGUCCAAUUCACAUGAGUGGCAAUUCGACAAUGCUUGGCAGGAAAUGUUGAAUCAUGCCACACAAAAGGUGAUGGACGCGGAAAAACAAAAGGCCGAAUGCCAUGCGGAACACCAACGUCGCACUAAAAUCUUCAAUACAGCUGAGCAAAAGGUCCAGCAGUUGGAGGAGCGCUUUCGUCGUAGCAUUACAAAAUCGCGCCCUUACUUUGAGGAGAAGCAAAUCUGCCAAGACCAGCUGCAAACUCAAAAGAACCGCAUUCAAGAAUUGCAACAGCAAGUACAAUCGGCAAAGAACACCUAUUCUACAGCGCUACGCAACCUGGAACGCAUCAGCGACGAUAUUCAUCGCCAACGUGGCGAUUUUCCGCAAAUGGGCGCACCACCACCAGGGCCGCGUGAACCUGGUGUCGGUGCCGAACUGAAUUCGCCUACAACGACCACUCUACCGCCGUUACCCGACUUCCAACUAGAGUUGGAGAAGUGUGAUUACCCUUCGAUUGCGGGCAGUCAGAUCUCGCUGAGUGGCAAUUCGCAUCGUUCCAGCGAUUUAGCUAGCGUCAGCACACAACCUGCCUCCAUCGGUCACAGCGCUGGCGACGAAUCCGAAACCGAAGAAUGUGAAGCCGACUAUGCGGAUAGCGGCGAAUUGCGUGGAGUUGUUGAUGAACGUGAUCUCGAAGAGCUACGUCAGAAAGUUAAAAUACUGGCAGUGCGUCCCAUCGAGGGCGGCGAUGGUGAGCAACAGCGCAAUGAUAUGUGGGAGCAUGAGUUGACCGCUACUGUUGACAAGCUGGAUCAAUUAAUGCUAAUGAAUGAAUGCGCGCUAAAGCAACAGAAACAAUUAAAAGUAAAACAUCAGCUACAACAACAACAGCAGCAACAAGAUCGCCCUGUGAUUGGCGCUGGUGUACGCCCCGUUUCGUUGGGCGCCGAAGCACCAGCACAAAUGUAUGACAUUGUACACGCUAAGCCGGUAGCGGUUGUUGAGGAAAUCGACGAAGACGACGUUGACGUCAUUAUGGUGGCGGGCAAGGCUGGACCGCUCGUACAAAUCACACACGCCAAACAGUCGCUCCAGCAGCUGAAAGCCGAUGCCGGUGUAGUCAGUUAUCCAGCCACACCCGAACAUGCUGUGCAACCUGUAAAAAAGUUGCAACAGAAAUUGGGGCCCUUGCCAACAGUGAAUGUUUCGAUGCGCGAAUUGCCGCUGCUAGCGCGACUCUCCAACGAAAUCCUAGAUCGUGCAGCAAUCUAUAAUAAAGGCCGUCAGCUGCGACGACGUUCGUUAGACUAAAAGGGGGUGUGUGUUUGUGCCAGUUGCAGUGGCCACCUGAAGUGGGUUAAUUUAAGGGAGCAUUAAUUAGCGUUAAGCGGGGAGAGUACUAUUUAUAUGUGAAUAUGAACUACUGAAGGGGUGGAAAAAAAGAGGGUUAAAAUACUUUACAACUAGGUACACAGCAUACAAGCCACUAAUUUUAAACAUACAUACAUAUAUAUUUGUGGAAUAUUUAUUUUGUGCAUAGAGAAAAGGUUAAAAAUUUGCAAUGAAUAUAUUUGCAGUCAAAAUUGUUUACCAUGUAAAAGUGAACAUGUUUGAAAAAUCGAAUGUAAUAUUUAUUUGAGAAAUUGUAAACGUAAAUAAUGAUUGUAUUACUAAUUGCUAUUAUAUGUAAAUAGGCAAAUCAUUAAAGUGAAGAAAAAGUGCAAAUCUCCAACUACACAUAAUGAAAAUUAAAUGGAAAUAAAUCUGAAAUUGCUCUGUCAAAGAAAAGGCACCUUUCAAUUUGAAUGAAGAUCACAGCUACGCUUAAAGUUCAGAACGAUGCAUACAUAUGUAACAACUCGACUUGAGCUUUGGAUUGCUUGAUAAUUUUUAAGAAAAUUGUUUUAAGUGGUAGGUAAGCAAGUUCUCUCAAAAUUAAUGUUAAAAGUGCAGCAGCCUGCAAAAUGGGCUUAAAUAUCGGAGUAGCAAUUAAUUUUAGGUUGUGUAUUGCAAAAAAAAAAUGGAAAUAAAUUUAACUUACUUGGCGUA